GUGAACGCAGUCGCGAUGGACGAGGAGAUGAAGAGCGAGGAGGUGAAGGCGGAGGUGGCGCCCGCUGCUGCCGCCGCCAGCGAGGAGAAGCGCUUCGAGAUCAAGAAGUGGAACGCCGUGGCUCUGUGGUCCUGGGACAUCGUGGUGGACAACUGCGCCAUCUGCCGCAACCACAUCAUGGACCUGUGCAUCGAGUGCCAGGCCAACCAGGCGUCGGCCACCAGCGAGGAGUGCACAGUGGCCUGGGGCGUCUGCAACCACGCCUUCCACUUCCACUGCAUCUCGCGGUGGCUCAAGACCCGCCAGGUGUGCCCGCUGGACAACCGCGAGUGGGAGUUCCAGAAGUACGGCAGAUAAACAGAGACGAGGGAGCUUCGAGAGAUGCAAGGUGGCGGCAGCGUGUCUACUGUCCGUGAAGGCGACUGUAGAGUUGCUGCAGUGUAUUCGAGACGCGCUCGAGAGAGAAGACAAAUGCCCAAGACACUUUAUUUUUGAGGCGUGGUUUAGCUACUAUUACUUCAGUAAGUUUUCUCUCCUUAACUUCUUUUACUAACGUU